AAAAAAAUCUUUCUGUUGGUUGUAUUGGAGAGGCAUCAAGUUCCCCUCCCGGCACUAAAACUUUUUCUGCAUUCUGAGCUUCAGAAAUUCAUUCUCCUGGUGUCUACAACACACUAUUCUCAUAGAAAAGAUGACCUCUGAAGAACGACGCCAUCAAAUGGAGGAAAAGACCUAUGCAGUGUUUACAGCAGCCUCCAUCAAUGCCAUGGCAGAGUCGGCUCAGUUGUCGCCUAUACCGCAUGAAGCAGCGGUUGCGUUAGGAGAAGAUGCCAGCUACCAAGUUAGACAAGUUGUCAUGCUAGCAACACAGUAUAUGAAACAUGCCAAGCGAAGGCGUCUUGCUAUUGAUGAUUUCAACAGAGCUGCUAAGGAAAUGAAUGUGAUGCCUGUACAUGGCUAUGGGUCUCAAGACCCUCUUACAUUCAGACACAUCAAGGACACUGAGAUACAUUGUGUGGAAGACUCUGAAGUGAACCUUGUGGAUGUGGCUCUGGGAAGUUAUGUUCCUAAACAGAUUGGACUGCCUUCCAUUAAAGCUCACUGGCUUGCCGUGGAAGGCAUAAUAAAGAUCUCACAAGGGGGCAGCUCUAAUUCAGUUAAAAGUAGCCGAGAGCUGUCCCCUCCCCAUUUAAAAUACUACAACUGUAUGACCAAAGCUCUUCUAAGUGCUAAUGCUGUAGCUAUCAAGAAAGCACUUGCGGAUCUGAAGACCAAUCCCAAUAUUGUACCAGUGUUACCUUAUCUAAUCAACUUUGUCCUGAGUGGGAUUAAAAGCAUGACCCAUGACAUUGGUCACUUGACAACUCUGUUGAACACUGUCAGAGCCUUGCUCCAUAAUAAAGCCCUUUACCUGAUGCACAAACCCUAUUUAUCUACUAUCAUACAAGCUGUGGAAUUCUGUGUGUUAGAACCUCUGGCUGCCUCCAUCUAUUCUGUGAAUGAUCAUUGGGUCUUGAGGGACUAUGCCGCCAGGUUGCUAGCUGAAAUUGUCAACCGAUGGAACAGCCCCCAGAACCAUCUUCGUUUUAACACCAUCAAGUGUCUGAGAGAAGUGCUCCAAGACCUUCACAAGCCUUUCUAUUCCCAUUAUGGCGCAGUUAUGACCUUGAUAGCCCUGGGUCACAAGGCAGUAGAAGAUGUGGUCCUGCCUCAUCUCCCAGUUUUCUGGCCACACCUUUGUUCUGCGAUUGAAGACAAGAAGCAGGAGUCAGUCAACAAAGCUGAUGCUUUCAAAGUUCAGGGCGCUCUUCGGUUGGCGGCAGAGAAGGUUAUUUGUAGACACUUGCGCAGAUUUCAAGACCUGACCAAGGUUGUAAAAGAGAGGGAGGAAGUGGCUGAGAUGUUGGACUUGGACCAGAACGCAGAUGUCCAGGAGCCCAUCACAACUGCUGCGGUUAGUGGCGAAACUAAAAAUGUCAAGGAUUUAUACACAGAACUGUAUGAAUACUUUGGUGACAGUCUGUCUAACUGCCUGCCUCUGGUGGAGACACAUCAUGUGUUCAAAGCUCAGAAGAAGGACCAGGUCGUGAAUCUGGGGGACAGCAACUCUGGCAAGGGUGGGGAGGAGCUUUUGGAGAAUUUAAUGGAACAAAUAAAACUACAGGAGAAACUAGAGGCAGAGCGUAGAGAAAGGGAGAUCCUGGAGCAGAAGGAGAGAGAACAAAGAGAGAGAGAGCAGAGAGCUAGGCAGAUGUUGGAACAAAUGAAGAAGGUGGAAGAAGAGCGAAAGAAGCGAUUGAAAAGAGAAGAGGAGGAACAGAAGAGGAGACGCUUGGAAAUGGAAGAAACGGAACGACUGAAAAAAUUAAAAGAAGAGGAAGAGAGACGUGGGAAGGAGUGGGAGGAACAGAUAAAGGAACUCAACAAAAAUAGAAGCAAACCCCAGUGGCAGCAAGAAAUUGAACUUAGACGAGCACAGUUGGAAGAGGAAAUCCAAUACAGCAAAAUGUUAGAAGCCAAGAAGAGACAGGAAAUGAAGGAAAGAGCAAAACAGGAGGAAGAGGAAGAAAAACAAAGAAGGCAGAGGGAGGUGGAGGAAGAACUGAAGAGAAAAGAAGCUGAGGAUGAACAGGCAGGGAGGAGUCGUGUGGGCUUGCGACGAAGGAAACCUGUCAAUUACACAGAAAAAGAUGAAGAUAUUUCGGAUCUUUUUGACGACCCCAAAUCUAAAACGGCUGCAAAAAUUCCUAAACUCAAUCCACUUUCAGACAUCUCAGAUGACUCUGAUGGGGAUUUUCACAAAAGGCUGCUGGCUGGGCAGACUGGAGCGUCGGCAGAUGGCAUAGCUGUGAGUAAAAUGAUUGACCCAGCCAAAGGCUUAUUGAAACUGAAAAUCAAACGGCAAUCCAACUAUGCGUCGACGCCACCUCACCCCAUGUCAGUCACACCUCAGCAUAACCCGUCCUCCUACCAAUCCCCCUCCAUGAUGAGUCCAAUCUAUUCCCCGCACUCUGCUUCCCACUCCACGCCACCCCUGCUCCCAGGCGGCACGUCUCACAAGAGCUCUUCAGGCUCCGAGAAAGAAGGUAGACACAAAAGGGGCAGCACUAGCAGCAGUAAGCAUUCAAGGGCAGGCAGCGCAGGUAUCCAGGACAUUUCUGACCCUGAGGAUCUUCUUCUCGAACCUCAGCUCUCUAGUAUUCCAACCCCGCUGCUCCACUCCCCAGGGGCUGAGAGCAGCGGCUCUGACUCCAAUCCCCACCGUAAAGCCCUCAAACUGACUUUGAAGCUUACCCCCAAAGACUCUGCCUCUGAGUGAGGAGUUUACUGUUGACUAAGAUACAUCAUAGUUUGAAGUAUCGGGUUAUAUCAACACAAUGUCUCAAAGCAGUCAUGACUCAUUGUUCAGUUACUUGUUCAAUGUUUCUAUUUUUGUACUUACAAAACUGGUUCUUUCAAUGAUUCGUCAGUACUAUAAGAUUCUUGUGUAGAGGCAGUAUUAUAAGAUUCUUGUAGAGGUGCUUUCAUACUUAAUGGGACCAAUGUUUGAUAAUAGUGAGAAUACAUCCAUCCAGAGUGUGAAAGUCAAUUAGUUACACCCCGUGUUACUGAUAGGAAGUAUUUUUUUUUAUAUUAAGAAUUUCCCGGAAAGUAUUUUUAAUCUUGGACGUUUCUAACUUAACAAUUUGAAAAAAAAAACUAAGGCAGUGAGGCUAAACAGUUGUAAUGAAAGUGAUUGGUAAUAAAUUUAAAAAAAAAAAAAAUUUUCUUAGAGUGUAGGGACAACCCAAGCUGAUCUACUGUUUGCUUCACACUUGUAUAUACUCUCCUUUUAAAAUUGGAUCAAUUAAAAAAAAAAAUUGCCUUAGUUGACCAGAUACAAUAAUUUCAAACCCAAAUAGAAAAAAAACUAUUGAGGGGGGGGGGGGUUCUAAUGUGAUUUUUAUUUUAUUUCGUUUAGCAAUUGAAUUCUUGUUUUCCUUCUAAAUGUUUUCUUAUGUUAAUGUAUUACUUACAAUAUAUAUAAUAAUUCUGUCCAGUUCAAAAUCCAAUAAAUGUUUUAUAACUUUAA